AUGGCGGCAGUAUCACACAAUCAAGACGCUCUCGCCGACAAGUUCGACGUCAAGGAGCUCAGCGGGGCUGCUCAGGCGGAUGCCAAUGAGCGAAACUCGACCGUUUGGGAGGCGUGGAGGACGCACAAGAAGGCUGUACUCUGGAGUAUGGCUUUGAGCGGCGCCUUGAUCAUGGAGGGAUACGACGUGACGGUCGUCGGCUCAUUCUACGGCCAUCCUGCUUUCCUCAGGCGCUUCGGCGUCCCGACAACAGGGAACGACAUCGGAUAUGCCAUCCCGGCACCCUGGCAGUCGGGUCUUUCCAACGGAGCCUCAGCUGGUGGCAUCAUAGGAUUGUUCAUCAACGGUUGGGCGGCGGAUCGGUACGGCCCUAAGAUAGUUAUGGGAGCGAGCACAAUAAUGCUCACCCUCACCAUCUUCCUCCUCGUUUUUGGCGACUCGCUCGGGAUGCUCGUUGCCGGCCAAGUCCUCUGCGGUAUCCCUUGGGGCGUCUUCCAAACUUUGACUGUGGGGUACGCCGCAGAAGUCUGCCCUAUCCAGCUUCGUGGUUACCUCACUGCUUAUGUCAAUAUGUGCUGGGGCAUAGGUAUCCUCCUUUCCAGCGGUAUCGUCAAGGCCACCCUCGUCAUCCCUACCGACCUCUCCUGGCGCCUCCCCUUCGUCCUCCAGUGGAUCUGGGUCAUCCCACUCUUCAGCAUCGUCUACUUCUGUCCGCCCAGUCCGUGGUGGAUGGUCCGUAAAGGCCGCCACGACGACGCCGCAGCCGCCGUUCGGCGACUCACCAACCCAAAGUACUUCUCUGAGGAGGACGUCCAGAACUCGGUGGCUAUGAUGAUCCAUACUACAGAAAUGGAGGCCCAGAACCAGCACGGCACGAGCUACCUCCAAUGUUUCCGCGGCUUUGAUCUCAGGCGGUCCGAAAUCGCGAUGAUGGCAUUCACGAUGCAGAUCCUCUCUGGGCAGAGUCUAUGCGGUCAGGGUAUCCAAUUCCUCCAACAAGCGGGCAUAUCGACCGACCUCUCCUUCUCGCUCAACAUGGUCCUCAACUCGAUGUUCAUCAUCGGUACCGCGACCUCUUGGGUCCUUAUGGGCUUCUUUGGCCGCCGGACACUCUACACCUCGGGCAUGGCCUGCAUGUGCAUCACUCUCAUGACGAUCGGUGGCCUGGCGUUCUACCCGUCCAAUGAGGUCAAGAUGGCCAUGGGUAGUCUGUUGAUCAUCCUCAACUUCAUCUAUAACUGUACCAUUGGUCCAGCAACCUAUACCAUCAUCGGUGAAAUAUCAUCCACCCGCCUCCGCCAAAAAACAAUCGUCCUCGCCCGAGCUUCCUACAAAGCCAUCAACAUCGUCGCUGGGAUUCUCAACCCGCGGAUGCUCUCCCCUCUCGCGUGGAACCUCGGACCCAAGACUGGUCUCGUAUGGGGAUCCACUGCCUUCCUCUCCCUCAUCUACUGUCUCCUCCGCCUGCCCGAAGCAAAGGGCCGGUCCUACGGAGAACUCGACAUUCUAUUCGAGAACCGGAUUCCGGCGUGGAAGUUCAAGACGACCAAGGCUGAUCAGUUUGGGAUGGUGCGCCGCGGCGAGGCGGUCGAGGAGGAUGGCAAGUUGGCUCAGGAGGUUGCUCAUGUGGAGGGGGACCGGAAAUGA